AAUCAUUUUUAUGGACUUAUGGAGACAAUUCCAAUGACAAAAAUGAAAAUCAGUAGGGACUCCUUAAAGGAAAAAAUCCAGGAAAUGCAGCAGUUCUUUGGGCUAAACGUGACCGGGCAGCUGGACACUUCUACUCUGGAGGUGAUGCACAAACCUAGAUGUGGAGUGCCUGAUGUCCAUCAUUACAGCACAUUUCAAGGAAGGCCAGUGUGGAAGAAGCAUGAAAUCACCUACAGAAUCAAUAAUUACACUCCUGACAUGAAGCAAGAGGAUGUUGACUAUGCCAUCCAGAAAGCUUUUCAAGUAUGGAGUGACGUGACCCCCCUGAAAUUCAGAAGGGUUCAUGCGGGAGAAGCUGACAUUAUGAUAUCUUUUGCAAAUGGAGCUCAUGGAGAUUUCAACCCUUUUGAUGGCAAAGAUGGAGUCUUAGCCCAUGCUUAUGAACCUGGACCUGGUAUUGGAGGAGAUGCACAUUUUGAUGAGGCAGAAACCUGGAGUAAAAAUCACAAUGGCAGAAACUUAUUCCUUGUUGCUGUCCAUGAACUUGGGCAUUCCUUGGGACUUGGGCAUUCCAAUGAUCGAAAGGCAAUAAUGUACCCCAACUAUGGUUAUCUCGACCCCAACAUGUUUCACCUGUCUUCUGAUGACAUCCGUGGCAUUCAGUCCCUCUACGGAGGCCCAGAGAAGCACCAACCUAUGCCAAAUCCGGACAGACCAAAGCCAGCUGUCUGUGACCCCAACUUGAGUUUUGAUGCUGUCACUACAUUGGGAGAUAAAAUUAUUUUCUUUAAAGACGGGUUCUUCUGGUGGAAGUUUCCUGAGACAUCAAAGACCGGCAUUAGUUCAAUAUCUUCCUUAUGGCCAACCCUGCCUUCUGGCAUUCAAGCUGCUUAUGAAAUUGAAGCCAGAAAUCAAGUUUUUCUUUUUAAAGAUGACAAGUACUGGUUACUUAGCAAUAUGAGACUGCAGCCAAACUAUCCAAAGAGUAUAUAUUCGCUGGGCUUUCCUAAAUAUGUGAAAAAAAUUGAUGGUGCUGUCUUCAACCCACUUCUCUACAAGACCUACUUCUUUGUAAAUAGCUGGUAUUGGAGGUAUGAUGAGAGGAAUCAGCGCAUGGACCCUGGUUAUCCCCGACAGAUUACCAAGAACUUCCCAGGAAUUGGGCCUAAAAUUGAUGCAGUCUUCUAUUUCAAAAGAGACUACUAUUUCUUCCAAGGAUCUACCCAACUUAAAUAUGAUGUUAUGUUACAUCGUGUUACCAAAAGGAUGAGAAGCAGUAACUGGUUUGGUUGUUAG